ACUUUUUUCAGAUGGCCUUUUUGGAAGAAAUAGUCAAAUGGCCGAUACAGAUGACAGAUCUGAAGGUAAACAUGAUCAAGAACCCGUUUAUGACGAAGUACAGAAAGGUUCAAGGCAGAAUCCUGUGAAACCUGUGGUAAACAUACAAGCCAGCCGAUCAACUGAGGAGUCUAAUGAUGAUGAUGUAUAUGAAACCGUUGAAGAUAGCUAUACUACAAUGUCGGCUGGUAAUAGUGACAUAAUCCCCGACACAAGCCCUGAGCUAAAGCUUUCAACAGUAAGGUUAACUGGACCAUCCCAGUCACCUGAGUCCUUGAUAUCACAACCGGAUAAUAGUUUAAGGCAGAAUCCUAUGAAACCUGUGUUAAACAUACAAGCCAGCCAAUCAACAGAAGAGUCUAAUGAUGAUGAUGUAUAUGAUACCGUUGACGAUAGAUAUACUACAAUGUCGGCUGGUAAUAGUUACAUAAUCCCCGACAAAAGUCCUGAGCUUCAGCUUCCAACAAUACGAUUAACUGGACCACCACAAUCUUCUGAGUCCUUGAUAUCACAACUUGAUAAUAGCUUUAAAAAUGAAAUACGAGUAGUUUUGAUUGGUAAGACAGGUGCGGGAAAAAGCACAACGGGCAAUAUAUUGCUUGGUAAGGAAAGUUUUUCUACAGCAAUGAAUCCCGUUUCUGUAACCAAGGAGUGCUGUCGUGCAGAAUCAGAUAUUCAUGCAAGGAAACUAGUUGUAAUUGAUACUCCAGGACUGUUCGACACAGAACUGUCGCCUGAAGAAAUCCAAAAAGAAAUUAUUCGAUGCGUUACUAUGUCAGUUCCUGGGCAUCACAUUUUCCUUAUUUUACUGCAAGUUGGAAGAUUAACAACGGAAGAAAUUUCAACACUAGAUCAACUCUUUGACAUAUUUGGAAAGAACAUGGGCCGAUUUUGUAUGAUAGUAUUUACCAGGAUUGAAGAUUUGGAAAGGGAAGGUAGUACGAUCGACAAAUUCAUAAAAGAUGGGGGACCACUACUCUCAGGAUAUAUUGAAAAGUGCAGUGGUAGAUAUUUUGCUCUAAAGAAUCCUCUCUCUCAGGAAGAACAAUUUCAAGUAUCUGCAACCUUAUUUAAGAAGAUUAACGAAAUUAUUUCGAAAAACAAGAAUAAAUGCUUUACAAAUUUGUUUUAUAGAGAUGCAAAAGAAAGAUAA